AUGUCUACUUCCGAUAGAACCAAAUCACUUUUGUAUUCAGAAAUAUUCUCGGCGGUUUUGACAUUUUCUAUCUGGCUCUGGUCCCUUGCCGGACCUCUACUAGGCAAACAAAUGGGAGAACAAAAUCCCGAGGUAAAUUCCAAAAGAGAUAUGGAUAUUAAUAAGCCCGGAGAUUCAGUUACACCUACAGAGAAAGCCCUCUCACGCUUCACCAUAAGUCCUCGUCCAUGCCUUUACCCAGCCCCAACUUUGACUUGCGAUCAGUGGGCUGAAAACCUUCCGCCUACAAAACACGUGCGAUUUUUCAUCGACACAAAUUGGUCAGCUACACCACUAGGACCUCUCUCAAAUUGGAGUAUUUCAUUACGGAUUCAUAUUUUUACAUUGUUUGCAGACUCUAAGGCAUCUGUGUUGUAUUGGGGCCCUGAUAAAGUUAAGAUAUACAACGAGCAUUUUCUUGGUCUCGCCUGUAAGAAGCAAACUUCACUAGAAGGCAUGGUGACUCUUAUCGGGUUUCCGGGGCUGUGGGAAAAAGUCGAGGCUGGGUUUGCCGAAGCUGAAGCUACAGGUAUGGCAACGAGAAUUAAGGAGAUGGAGAUGUAUGUUCAGAGGAGAGGAUUCGAAGAGGAAACGUACUUCAGCGUAAACAUUAUUCCUAUGCGAGGCAAUUCUGGAAAAGUGGAAGGCUUCUAUGUCCAGGCUCGCGAGAUCACUAACAUAACUAUCAGUGAGAGAAGAAGGACUAUGCUCAAUCACAUGGAAGUGACUCCGUCUGGGGGAGAGAACGAACUUAGCGUCAUUCCUGUUUUUAAGGAGAAUCCAAGAGAUAUUCCAAUGGCCAUGCUGUACACAGUGGACAAAGAGCACUCGUUUGGAAAGGUCUGCCUAAAACUUAGAGGCAUAUUAGGAAUGCCUCUUGAUCAUCCUAUGGCAAUUCAGGCUCUAGAUCUCAACAGCAAUAAUGGAGUUGCACCACUUCUUCGAGAAGCAAAAAAUAAGAUUCUAACUAUGGAUGUAGACAAUCGAUUUGACGGCGUCAAAUGGCACGGAUUUGGUGAACCUAGUAAGGUGAUAACUAUAAUCCCUAUACUUGCACCAUCUGGAUUUUUUGGGUUCACUAUUGUAGGAGCUAAUCCCCGGCGACCCAUCGAUGAACGAUACGAACAAUUCAUGCGAGACAUCUCAUCCAAGCUGUCAGCAAUCGGUGCUUCGGUAAUGACAUCAGAGGAGAAUAGGAAGCGUGAAGAAAAACUCCAGAAAGAGCUAGCAGAAAGCACUAAUCGAAUUCGAUUCAUGGCUGAGCACGCAUCUAUUGGUAUGCAGUACCUAUCAACUGAUGGAACGACGAUCUGGGCUAAUGAUGAAUACUAUCGAUUAACUGGCCAUCCUCGUGAAGAAGAAGCACACUAUCCACUUUCAUUCCUCGAUACAUAUGUACCUGAUGAUCGUGUUAUAGCUCACAAUGACUGGACUCGUCUUUUACAAGGAGAGCAUAAUAUUUCGUCUGAGCUUCAUCUAAAACAUGAGUAUAUCCCCCCAUCAGGCAACCCAGAGCCAUCGUGUGUGUUGAUGCAGUCUUUUCGAGUAACGGAAAAUGAUCAGCUCAGCUCGAUAAUAGUUUUUACAACUGAUAUAUCAACUUUUAAGUGGGCACAAGCUUCGGAAGCACGAAAAGCUGCGGAAGCUAGCGAGGCGAAGAGAAAGCAAGAAGAGUUCAUCGAUCUUCUUUCCCACGAACUUCGAAAUCCCUUGUCUGCUAUAUUCCAGCUCGCCGAUACCGUAAUCAACUCCUUUCCUGAAGGUCAACAUGUAUCAACAACUGAUUACGUCGAAGCAUUAAGGAGCAACAUUGAAAAUGCCAACACAAUUAUCAUGUGUGCAAAACAUCAAAAGAGGAUUGUUGAUGAUGUCUUAACUCUCUCCAAGCUUAAAUAUACAAUGCUUUCAAUUUCUCCUCGUCCAGCCCAACUUCCAAAUUUGACAAGGCAAACAGUGACCAUGUUUCAGCAGGAGCUGAUCUCUCACAAAAUAACGAUUGAAACUGUUGCAGAUGCCUCACUUUUAGAACAUGAAAUAGACUGGGUAAUGUGUGACAAAUUACGCAUUCAGCAGAUCCUCAUAAAUCUUCUGACGAACGCUAUUAAAUUUACAAAGAUGGAGAGCAAACGUGAAAUCGAAGUAAGAUUUGGUGCUUGUUUAGCAGAUCCACGCAGUCAUUUUCCGAAUAUGUAUUGGGCACCACAGCAGCAAUCUGAAGCUGCUGAUCUCACUACAGAUUCUGAAUGGGGCUACGGCAAAUCUCUUUACCUCACAUUAAUGGUACGCGAUAGCGGUGUCGGUAUGUCAAUCAGUGAAAUCCAAAAGCUCUUCACCCGGUUUGAACAAGCAAAUGAGCGUACCUCGAUACGAUAUGGUGGUUCUGGUCUUGGCUUAUUUGUUUCUCAAAAACUCGCCGAAAAACAGGGUGGUGAAAUUGGGGUACUCUCCUCGCCUGGAACUGGUAGUACGUUUGGAUUUUACGUAAAAUCAAGAAAGUCUGACAAAAACCUUGUUGAACACACAGAUGCUGGAAAAAAACUCGAAUUUUCUCAACCAACGCCUCCAUGCUCUCCCAUGGCGCCGUGUAUAAUACCACAGGCGAAGCAAGAAAACCUCGAAAAAAGUGCAGUUGAUCUUACAAAGAUUCAUGUUUUACUAGUCGAGGAUAAUAUCGUUAACCAGCAUGUCGUCAACAGACAGCUAUCUAAGGCCGGCCAUAAGGUUUACCUUGCUAAUCAUGGUGGCGAGGCUCUUGAGAUAAUUCGCCAAAUGGAUGUUUGGCAUGACACUCAUGACGGCAAGCACCUAGAUAUAAUUCUCAUGGAUUGGGAAAUGCCAAUUAUGGACGGCCUCACCUGCAGUCGCGAAAUUCGUCGUUUGCAAAUGGAAGGAAAGAUAAAUAGACACAUAGAGAUAUUGGCUACAACUGCUAAUGCCCGACCGGAGCAGAUCGCAACAGCUCUAGAUAGUGGAAUCGAUUCCGUUAUGGUUAAGCCAUUUCUCGUUAAAAACCUCAUUCAGCGCAUGCGCGAACGUCUAACCAUACCCCCGAAAUCAACUCUUUCAAUAAAAUCACUACCAUCCAGCUGA